AUGGACCUUAGUUCGGAGGUUGGGACCAACGGAAUCAUCUCUACCCAGGAUUUCCCCAGAGAGACCCAGUAUGUGGAUGAUGAUUUCCCCACAGACUUCCCAGCCGUCGCUCCCUUCUUAUCGGACAUUGAUACCAGUGACGGGAAAGGCAAAAUCUAUUACCGUCUGGACGAAUCCAGAGAGGUGCUGGAUCAAGCCGCCCAGCUUAUUCGGGCCGGAUUUCCCACGGCGAGUGACUUUGUCCCGCAACACGCUUUCAUUGCUACUUGGGAGAACGUGGGGGCCUAUGAAGAGGUGACCCGGAACUCGGAGCCCUCCCAGCAGCGCAACACCUUCCAGGUGGUCUUAGCCUACGGCCCUUCGGACACCUACGCUCUGUUCCUUUAUCCUGAGGAUGGGAUCCAGUUCUUUGGGACCCGGCCGAAAGAGUCGUACAAUGUCCACUUGGAACUCCCGGCCCGGGUGGGCUUCAGUCGAGGGGAUGACCAGCGCCAAGAAGGACCUUUCUACAGCCUCACCAGCGGCGAACAGUCCAUCAAAAACCUCUACCAGACAAGCAACACAGGGAUCCCUGGCGUGUGGGCGUUCCAUGUCGGCAGCACUUCCCCACUUGACAACGUGGCCCCUGCCACGGUCGGGAAGCCCCAGAUGCCUCCUCGGGGAAAGCCGGAGGGCGGUUCUGUGGCUCCCAACAUCCCAGAGGCUCCGUACCCGGAUUCCGGCCUCGAUUAUGCCGAUUCCUUCUACGACGGGAAUGAAGACGACUUUGAAUACUUGCCCGUGACGCCCACCGAGAUGUCGCCUGACCCGGAAAAAAAGCCCAGCGUCUCGUUGAACUCGGAUGACCUCCUUGAUUACAGCGAGCCGAGGCAUUCGGGUGCGAAACUGGAUCCGGCACCGUAUUCUCCGGCCUCUAGCCACCUCCCUGUGUACCCUGAACUGGAUUCCGUUCCACUGUUCCCAGUGGAAGAAGCACCCCCCACGCCAUCUUCUGUAUCAGAAGGCAUCCCUGGAACCUCAUCCUCGCCGUGGGUUUAUGAGCCUCCGAUCGAGGCGGUCACGGCGGUCUUGCUGGGACGUCCGGAGCACGAGGAUGCCGUGCCUUCUUGGGAAGAAGAUCGGGGCGUCCCCUCCGAGUCGGAAAGCUUUCCAGUCUACCCAGAAGGGGAAGUCAUUCUCGAAAGCUUCCCAGACCACUCGCCUCCUUUCAGCCACAGGAGACGGGUUGUCGGAGUGGAUGAGGAUGUCGGCUUUAACCCGGAUGGAGCAGCGCACCGCCUUAACGGCAAAGUGAGCGGGAACCUGCUGGUGGGACAGACGCCGGUCCACUUCAGCGACGUCGACCUCCACGCCUACAUCGUCGGCAACGACGGCCGGGCGUACGUGGCCAUCAGCCACAUCCCUCAGCCGGCCGCCCGGUCGCUGAUGCCGUUGACCCCCAUCGGGGGCCUCUUUGGCUGGCUCUUCGCCCUGGAGAAACCCGGCUACGAAAAUGGCUUCAGCCUGACAGGUGCUAAAUUCACUCACACUUUUGAAGUCACUUUCUAUCCUGGUGAGGAAACAGUUUUCGUCAAGCAAACGGCUGAUGGGCUGGAUUCUGAAAAUUACCUCAGCAUUAGGACAGAAAUCGAAGGACGGGUGCCUUAUAUUCCUGAGAAUUUUACUGUCCUCGUUGCACCUUACAAGGAGAUCUACCACUACACAGAUUCUGUUGUGAUGUCCACAUCGUACCGGGAAUAUUCGGUGAACUUUGGAAUCGUCAACCAAACCUUCUCCUACCGGCUGCGCCAGAACAUAACUUUCGAAGAGUGCCCACAUGCCCGACGCCGGCGGCUGGUCCCGGCUGCUCAGCAGCUGACGGUGGACAGGAUCUUUGCUUUGUAUAAUGAAGAAGAGCGGGUGCUUCGCUUUGCCGUCACCAACCAGAUCGGACCCUUGGGAG